AUUACAGGCGCGCAGCUGUUGUUGUUGUUUUGCAUUGUUUAUAUUAGUUUGCUGGGAGCAUCGCGUGGACCUUAGAGUAACGAUCGCAGCAUCUCUGCACCGGAGUGGAGCCCAGAUCGCGAAGCGUUUCAGGUUUUGUAGAGCACUGGAUUCAGACUGAAUACAGGACGAGGACGCAGCAGAGCCGUCACCAUGAGCAUUUGACAAAUACCUGGAGGCCACACAGGCGAGCAGAUGAGGAUGAGGAUGGUGAAUGAGCUCUGAUGGUUUGCUAAAUAUGGACGUCCCCAAUGGCCAGCCCAGCGUCUCCACCCUCACGGCUCCGGCCUCAGAGAGGAGCAGCAGCUCUGAGUCUCUCAGUGAGAAGGGAACAUCGGAGCUCAAGAGUUUUGACGCUGUGGUUUUCGACGUGCUGAAGGUCACGCCAGAGGAAUAUGCAGGGCAGAUCACUCUUAUGGAUGCUCCAGUGUUCAGAGCCAUCCAACCUGAGGAGCUCUCUAGUUGUGGCUGGAACAAGAAGGAGAAGCACAGUUCAGCACCGAACGCAGUGGCCUUCACACGACGCUUCAACCAGGUGAGUUUCUGGGUGGUGAGGGAGAUUCUUCAUGCUCAGACUCUAAAGAUCAGAGCAGAAGUGUUGAGCCUCUAUAUCAGAACAGCAAAGAAACUGUGUGACAUGAACAGUCUCCACGCAGUGAUGGCAGUGGUAUCUGCUCUACAGAGCGCCCCAAUCUUCAGACUCACAAAGACAUGGGCUCUUUUAAGUCGGAAGGACAAGGCCACGUUUGAGCGGUUGGAGUAUCUGAUGUCUAAAGAGGACAACUACAAACGUUUGAGGGAUUACAUCAGCAGCCAGAGCAUGACAUCCUGCAUCCCGUAUCUGGGAAUCUAUUUGUCUGAUCUGACGUACAUUGAUUCGGCGUAUCCCUCCACUGGAAGCAUCCUUGAAAACGAACAGCGCUCCAACCUCAUGAACAACAUUCUGAGAAUCAUCUCAGACCUGCAGAGAUCCUGUGAAUAUGAAAUCCCAGUAUUGCCGCACGUUCAGAAGUAUCUCAACUCUGUGCGCUACAUUGAGGAGCUACAGAAGUUUGUGGAGGACGACAAUUAUAAGUUGUCCCUAAAGAUUGAGCCACCAGCUACCAGCACGCCUCGCACCACUGCCUCUAGAGAAGACCUCACAGGUCCAGACAUAUCUGCAUCACCAUUAUGUGGUCGUCAUGGUAAUGUUGCUGAAGGAGCCUUGCCUAAAGUCCCCCCAACACCACCCUCACCCCGAAACCUCAUCACAUACGGACACAGGAAGUGCCACAGCCUCGGAUAUAAUUUUAUCCACAAAACAAACACGGUGGAGUUUAAAAGCGCCACGUUCCCCAAUGCCGGGUCUCGACACCUGCUGGACGACAGUGUUCUGGAGAGCCACACACCGACACGAGGACAUGCGGAGAGCUCAACGCUGUCCAGCGGGAUCUCAUUAGGGAGCAGCGAAGGAUCGGAGCUCAGCGAGGAAAUGUCAUGGCCUGCUUUUGAAAGGACUCGAUUCUACCACUCUCUGGGUCCCGUCACCAGAGUGGGCCGCAUGUCCUGCAGAGGAUCGCUCAGGCCCAGCAGCUCUGCAGAGUCGGAGGAGCUGGCGGUUCAUCUGUACCCAGGAGCCGUCACCGUUCAGGGCGUCUUACGCAGAAAAACAGUCCUAAAGGAGGGCAAGAAACCCACGGUGGCAGCCUGGACUAAGUAUUGGGUGGCUCUUUGUGGUACUCAGCUUUAUUAUUAUACUGCCAAGUCCCUCA